AGUUAAUAUUUUCUGGAGAGUACACGAAAGCCAUGUCCAAAGACUGGCAUUCGGGGCACUUCUGUUGCUGGCAAUGCGACGCAUCGCUGACUGGCUUACGGUAUGUGCUUCGGGAGGAACACCCGUUUUGUGUCAAAUGCUUCGAACAGAUCCACGCGAAUGUCUGCGAAGAGUGUACGAAACCAAUUGGCAUCGACUCCAAGGACUUGGCCUAUAAGGAGAAGCAUUGGCACGAGACUUGCUUUUUAUGCCAUACGUGCAAGAAGUCACUUGUGGACCAACAGUUUGGGUCGAAAAACGAGCGCAUCUAUUGCGCCGACUGUUAUGACGUGGAGUUUGCCUCUCAUUGCGACGGAUGCGGAGAGAUAUUCAAAGCCGGGACUAAGAAAAUGGAGUAUAAGGGGAAACAAUGGCACGAGAAUUGCUUUUCGUGUUUCAAAUGUCAGGUCCCGAUCGGCACCAAAACCUUUAUUCCCAGAGAGAACGACAUCUUCUGCACCGACUGUUUUGAGACUAAAUACGCGGCCCGUUGUGUCAAAUGCAGCGAAAUUAUAAACGCCGGCGGACUUACAUUCAAAGGCGAGCCCUGGCAUAAGGAGUGCUUCAUAUGCAGCGCCUGCAGCACAUCCCUGUCCGGCGUUAAGUUUAGCCUAAAAGACGAUAAGCCGUACUGUCAGACGUGUUACGGCGAUAUGUUUGCACCGAAAUGCAGCAAUUGUCUCAAACCCAUUGUCGCCAAAGGUAUAGCGGGAGUGGGCGGCACUAAGUUUGUAACGUUUGAGGACAGGCAUUGGCACGACGACUGUUUUGUGUGUACGGGCUGUCAGACGCCGCUGUCCAACAAGGGCUUCAUAACGGACGGGCCGGACGUGUUGUGCUCUGAGUGCGCCAAAUCCAAGCUCCAGCUCUCAUAGGCUCUACUGUUAACACACUUUUUUUGUUAUAAGUUUUAACACUUAUUAUAGAAUUAUAUCUACAGUUACUAUAAUCACACGAAAAAACUUAUUUAUUUUUAUUUUGUUUUGUUUUCUGUGAACCAAUUUUGUGACCAAACGGUUGAUAUGAACUGAAUUCACGAAUUGGUGCUAAACUCGUAAUUCAAAUAUCGGUUGUAUUUGAUAACUGAAACGGUUUUUGUUGGCCACAAAACAGUGAGAUUUUAAAACCGAUUUUUAUUUUGAGAUUUUUUUGUCUGAAAUGUUAUUAUCUCUAAAACACACCACUAAUGAGUGACUGAAUUAUUGAUUGAAAACCACUAAAUACUUUACACCAUAUAUAUUGUAAUCAAUGAUAGGAAAUAUAAUUCAGUCAAAAUAUUUCUCAUUAACAACAAACCAUUUGUUAUAAUAUUUUAAUUAAUUUGCAUUUAAAUAGAUUGUCAUAUAUUUUAAGCCCAAUAAUCGCAGCUUAAGUUUUAGUCAGAUUUUACUUAUUAUAUCAAUUCAAUUGUCUACACUUUACUAUUCAAAUCUUAUCGAUUAAUUAUUAUUUAAAACAUUCAUCCCAUCCCUUACACUAC